UGGUUAUGCAACUUCUAAAAUAAGAUGCGCAUGCGUCUGUGAACCUGUUCGGCCUGUCUGCAUGGCGUCCUUGGCGAACGUAGCCCCGCCAAAGUCGAAUACGACCAGGCACCUUCAGCAUAACCGCCUCUUUACGAUGUCCACUACUGAGCUUUGAUCGCCUUCCUUGCUGCUGAAACUUGUUUCAAAGGUACAUCACCAGGUAAUGGCUUGAAUGGAGUCACCAAAAGGCGGUAUUGACCUGGAGAAGGAGCUGACGUGCUCUAUAUGCACUGAACUCCUCUACCAGCCGCUGACACUACUCGACUGUCUACACACAUUCUGCGGCUCUUGCAUCAAAGAAUGGUUCUCCUUCGAAGCAGCCAAGAUCGAACGCGCGCCGACCCCCCCAACGCCCGAUACUGUGCUAUUCACCUGCCCAUCAUGCCGCGACCCAGUGCGCGACACGCGGCACAAUGCCACGGUGGUCACACUGCUGGACAUGAUCAUCACAGCGCACCCGGAGAAGGCCCGUUCCGAAGCUGACAGGGAGGACAUGGGCAAGAAGUACAAGCCCGGCGAACAGGUGCUGCCCAAGAUCAAUGCCAGAGAACGGACGGUGGACGAGAGGCGCGCGCAGGAAGAGGAUGAGAGAAUCCUAGCGGAAGUCAGGCAAAUCAGCCUUAGGGAUGCGGGGGCCGCUCCCGCUCUGCCGCCAAGACAGCGAAGAACGAGAGAAAGCCGGUCGAGAUCUGUCAGUGAGGCUCGUACGGGCGGGCGACCGCACGGCACACCCGAUGGAGCGUCGAGGUCGCGAAACGAUCAACCCGCGAGGAGAAGUGCUGAUCAGUUGACUCCGGAAGGUGAGACUCGGCGGGGAAGGCGGAGUGGCUCGAGGCAACGGCAAGUCGAACAUCAGUCGUCUCUGCGCUCACUCAUCAGCUCUGCCGACAUGAGCGAGAGGGAUAUCGAGAGAGAGAUUGAGGAGUUUGCGCGUCAGAUUCAAGAAGAGGGUCUUCUUGACGGUCUGGAUCUCGACAACAUUGACCUCACGCGAGAUGACGAACUUAGUCGCAGGAUCACGGAGGCUUACAGGCGGAAACAGAACUCGAGGCCCAGAGAUGACCGAUCCAGAAGAAGAGGAACAAAUGGGCAAGGUGGCUCACGUCGACCCAGCGAGCAGAGAGAUCCAAGGCCUUCCGCUACCGCUACUAGCAGUCAUUCUAGCAGCCGACAGCAACGACAGGGUCGGUCUGCGAGCGAGUCUCGUUACAACAGUGAUAGAAGCAGACCACCUCAAUCAUCUUCCGCGAAUUUGGACGUCCGUGGUCAGGCAGUGCGUCCGAGGAGGAGAACAGGCAGUAGCAGUCGAAGCACUACGACACCAUUACUGGCAACGCCUCCUUCGGGUGAUACCCGUCCGGCUGCCAGGUCCCAAACCGACCUGACUCUUCGCAAUACUUCAGCAGAGCUAGAUGGACUCCGGCCAGGUCUGGGCGAUACCCGCAGUGUCAGCACCCCUAACGUGGGCGCUUCACAGCCGCCCGCUGCAGAGCUGCCGGCCGAUGGUGCCAAUAACUUGCAGUCCUUCGCGGCUCGCGCGGCGAACCCAGCACUGAGUCGCGACGUAUCACCUUCGCAGCGAUCAGCGACUCCGCCUGAGGUUCCUGUCGCCGAUGCUGUCCGCGCACAUCGCCCGGCUGAGCUGGCGGUGGUGCACUCGGCCAUCAGUCACCCCCUUGGCAACCACGGCCAGUCUCCGGGGCAUCAAAGAAAACGGUCGCAGCUCUAUCCAGAGCCUUCUAUAUCAUGUUCGAGAUGUCGCAAAAAACAUAUCGAGUACGAGUUACACUACAAUUGUCACAUCUGCUCGGGCGGGCAAUGGAACAUCUGCCUCGACUGCUACCGCACCGGUCAAGGUUGCCUGUACUGGUUUGGCUUUGGUUACGGGGCUUGGUCAAAGUGGGAGAAGGCCAGGAAGCAGACAAAGGAGGACCUCCCCAUGCCUCAUAUGCUAACAGCGAGUCGUUACACUCCGCCAGCCACUACUCCUGGCGGGGCGGAGGGCAGGAAGACAUUGACCACAGACGACCCAAAGAAACGGCUCGAGAGUGGUACAUUUUGCGCCAGGUGCUUUGUAUGGACGAACCAGUGCUACUGGCGCUGCGAUGUGUGCAACGAGGGUGACUGGGGGUUCUGCAACAAUUGUGUGAACCAAGGCAAGUCGUGCUCGCACAUGCUUCUCCCACUCACGCAUGAGACAACGCGGUCGAGUGGUGACCGCCCGACGACACCUCGAUCCCCGGGCAGGCCUCCCGCCGCAACUGUCCUCACAGGGCCAUCCACAUCGAACAUUGGCCCUUUCAAGCCUUUGACGUUUACGACAAGGUGUGACGUCUGCCAGGACCCCAUAUCGCCAACCCAGCCCAGGUAUCAUUGCUUCAGCUGCAUCAGCAACCUCAUUGCCGAUGCCAUUGCUGGCGAUUACGACAUUUGCUUCUCUUGCUACAACAACCUGGUCGUGCAUGGUGAGAUCAGCUAUGAGAACGGGCACUCUGGUUGGAGAAGAUGCCUCAAUGGACAUAGGAUGGCCAUUAUAUGCUUCACAGAGGGAAACGUCGGCCUGUGGCGUUACGUCGACAGGGACAUUGUGGGAGGUCGCGCCCUCCGCGCAGAGCCGUACGAAGGCGAGGAGCAUCGGGGCAGGGGUCUCCAGAAGUGGUCAUGGGCAGAAGGGGAGCAGAAACUGGAGAGGCUCGUGACGCAGGACGUCAAGGCCACCGCGCCCACUACAGACGGUGGCGUGGUCAUGAGCCAAGCGUUUCCUCCGGAUGGAGGCAAUGGGCCGCGUGGAACUGCCAAAUGGGCUUGGUAUCCCAGGCCCGAGGUCGAUGACGAGCUCCUGUUUCCACGAGGCGCUGAGGUCAGGGAGAUUGAGUUUAUGAAUCACGAAUGGGCACAUGGGACUUAUAUGGGUGCCAAAGGCUUGUUCCCAGCCAAGUAUGUCCAGCCUGAACUUUGAAGGAGUGGGAGAAGGCUGGGAAAUUAUAUGAAGACAUGAUAUAUCACAUAUAGCGAGCAUGAUCUAUGAAGACGUCAAAACUACAGACCAAAAAGAGCAACCCUAUUGGCUUGGUUUUAUUAUCCAGAAUGAGGUCGUGAAUCAGCCGAAUGCCGGUCGAC